AUGGAUCGCACACAGUUGGAGAUUUUUGUUCGGGCGCUGUCCCGCCUCUUGGGAUGGACAUAUAUGGCCAGUUGGUCUUUGUCCUUCUUCCCUCUGCCCAUUUCGAUGUGGCGCCGGAAGUCCACGUCGGGGGUCUCCAUCGACUUUAACUUUAUCAACCUACUUGGGUUCACUUGCUAUGCUAUUUACACUGCGACUUUUCUUUACUCCCCGAUGAUCCGGGAUCAAUAUGCGGCAAGGCACCCUGCUGCUGCCGAGCCCACCGUUCGUUUGAAUGAUUUAGCAUUUGCGGCGCUCGGGGUGAUCAUGUGCCUUAUUGCAUAUUCGAUGUUUUGGCCUAAAAUUUGGGGCCUGCAUACUCCUCGCCGCCAACAUGUGAGCUGGACUAUGAGGGGCCUAUUCAGUGGUUGCGUAUUAGCGCCAUUGGUGGUGACCUGCGUGGUCUUAGCUCGAAGCCCCGAAGGAGGAAACGACCCAUUUGGUUGGGCUUGGAUCGAUGUGAUUUACACUUUCUCAUACGACAAACUUGUCAUUACGACGUUCAAGUAUGUCCCACAGGCUUGGAUGAACUAUCGGCGGCAAUCGACGGUGGGAUGGAACAUUUGGACCAUUAUUCUGGACCUCAUUGGCGGUAUUUUAUCUCUGCUCCAACUGGUCCUCGAUUCUAGUCUUCAAAGUGACUGGAGUGGCAUCACGGGAAACCCCGCGAAGCUACUACUUAGCAACAUCACCAUCUUCUUCGACCUUAUUUUUAUCGUUCAACACUACAUUCUGUACCGGGACGCCCCGGAUCCCAAGGCACAGUCGGGACCCGAUUCGACCACACCUUUACUCGACGAAUCUAAUCCCUUGGCUUAG